AUGGCUGAUAUUGAGUAUCCUAACGGCUGCAGGCCAGUAUCAGAAAACCUAGGAGCUGAUGAAUUAAUUAGGAGGCUGAAGACUCUGGCUCAUACGCUGCAGGCUAUGAGUCAAGAUGAAGGAAAGUACCAACAGUAUAUUCCUUUGGCCUUAUAUUUGGUAGAGGAACAUUUUCUAAACUAUCCUUCUCGCGAUGUUCAGCUUUUAAUAGCAUGCUGCAUAGCUGAUGUCUUGAGAGUGUUUGCUCCAGAUGCUCCUUAUAAAGAUCCAGAACAAGUCAAGACAAUAUUUGUAUUCCUGAUCAAACAAUUAUCUGGACUUAAGGAUCCUAAAGAUCCUGCAUUCAAGAGAUAUUUUUAUUUACUUGAGAAUUUAGCUUAUGUUAAAUCUUUUAACAUGUGUUUUGAACUAGAAGAUUGUCAAGAAAUAUUUUGUGCCCUUUUUACUUUAAUGUUCAAAAUUGUUAACGAUGAGCAUUCAAGUAAAGUCAAGUCAUUUAUGUUGGAUGUUUUAUGCCCCUUAAUCAAGGAAUCAGAUGUUGUUUCUAAUGAACUUUUAGACAUAAUACUUAUUAAUAUAGUGGAUCCAUACAAAACACAGCGCAAAAAUGCAUAUUUAUUGGCAAAAGAAUUAGUUGUUCAAACAAGUAAAAAUCUGGAGCCUUAUAUUCACGCUUUUUUCAACCAACAGUUAAUUCUUGAUAAAGAAGAGCGUGAGCUGAAUAUAUGUUCUAAAGUUUAUGAAUUAAUUUAUGAGCUCAACCACAUUUGUCCAACAGUACUGAUCACUGUCCUACCACAAUUGGAAUGUAAAUUAAAAUCAGCACAAGAGACUGAAAGAUUACGCGCAGUUGCUUUGCUUGCUACAAUGUUUUCAGAAAAGGACUCAACGUUAGCUUCUCAGCAUCCAGCAUUAUGGAGAGCUUUUCUGGGGCGUUUCAAUGAUAUUGCAAUAGCAAUUCGCAUUAAAUGUGUCCAGUAUUCAAUGCACUUUCUUUUGAAUCAUCCAGACCUGCGAAAAGAUAUAACUGAAACUUUAAAAUUAAGACAGCAUGAUGCAGAUGAAACAGUACGGUAUGAGGUUGUGAUGGCAAUUGUAACUACAGCUCGCAAAGAUUUUGAGGUAGUAUCAGAUUCAGAGGACUUAUUGGAAUUUGUUAAAGAAAGAACAUUAGAUAAAAAGUUUAAAAUUCGAAAAGAAGCUAUGACUGGUUUGGCGAUGAUUUACAAAAAACAUUUGAAUGAUGCUGAUGUACCUCAAGCAACUAAAAAAGCUGUCACAUGGAUAAAAGAUAAAAUAUUGCACGGAUAUUAUAUGACUGGAAUGGAAGAUAGACUUUUAGUUGAGCGAUUAUUGAAUACUUGUUUAGUUCCUUACCAACUCUCUGCUGAGGAACGAAUGAAGAAAUUAUAUCAUUUAUUGGGCACCAUUGAUGAUCAUGCAUCCAAAGCUUUUGUUGAAUUACAGAAACAUCAGUUGGCUGUAAGAAGAGCUGUCACAGAAUGGAUAGAACUACAUAAAAAACCAUUAACUCCAAUUACUGCUAAAGAGCUAGCUGCUAAAAUUCAUACAUUAUCUAGAUUUCUUCCUGAACCCGUUAAAGCACAUGAGUUCUUGACUCAAUUUUCUCAUAAUCUUCGUAAAGACACUGCUUUGAUGCAGGGUAUGGAAAUUAUAUUAAAACCAGAUGUCACAUGUAAAGAGUGUACUGAAACAUUAGCAAUAAUUUUGAAAAAACUUGGACAACCCAUUAUGACAAAUCUAUAUUAUAAUACUGUGAAAAUGUUGCUUGAAAGAGUUAGUUCUGUAAUGGUUGAUGCUGCUUCUAUUGCUGUAUUGGUUGGAUAUGUCGAUGAUUGUUUGCGUGGAGGGAACACAAUUGAUGAAGUUGGUUUAUCACCUAACAGUGCUGGGGAACGAGGGUUGAGAUUGUUGGUGAUGUUAUCUUUUGUUUUUCCUUGCCAUUUUAACAAUUUAAUUGUGUUGAAGCCGAUGUUACAAUUGUUACAACAUGAUGAUGAGAUGGUUGCUCCACUUGCACUAUCAGUAUUUACAUUUGUUGGGAAGUACAAACCAUUGGGUGAAACAUAUCCAGAGAUAUUGUUGGAACUUGCUCCACUCUGUAAACAAUAUGCUGAAGUGGGUACUCCUAAACAAGCAAAACAAGCCAUCAGGUGCAUGUAUGUAAAUAAGACAGAAAAGCCAAUUGAAUAUUUUACAGAAAUAUUGGAAGUUAUAAAAAAUUCAUUAGUUCCUGGACAUCCUAAUUACAGAACUGCUAUUGUUUCUUUAGGACAUAUUGCAUAUAAUUUACCACAAAAGUUUCCUAUUGUUAUAAAAAAUAUAGUUUCUAGAAAGAUUGUUAAAGAAUUACUUGUAAAAGAAGCUAGUGACAAUCGAGAUAUACCUGAAGGAGAAUGGUGCUCUGAAGAAGAACUGCCAGAAGAAACUAGAUGUAAAAUUGAAGGCUUAAAAACAAUGGCUAGAUGGCUUCUCGGUUUGAAACAAGAUGAGUUAUCGGCCCAAAAAACAUUUAGAAUGCUGAAUGCUUUUAUAAUUCACAAAGGAGAUUUGUUGCAACAAGGAAAUUUAUCGGAUGCCGAAAUGUCUUGGUUAAGAUUAUCUGCUGGCACUGCUAUGUUGAAAAUUUGUGAACAGAAGGGAGUUGGUGAUCAGUUCACUGCAGAACAGUUUUAUAAUUUGUCACAACUUAUGGUUGAUCCCGUGGCAAAAGUUCGAGAAAUUUUUGCUGGUAAAUUACAUAAAGGUUUGGGCCGUGGAAUACCAAAUAAAUGCCUUCCAUUAGAUUUUAUGGGAUUCUAUGCUUUGAGUGGCUAUGAAACUGAUCGUAGAUUAGCUAAUUCGUUAAGAGUUUAUACGGAAACAGAUGUUGUGAGAAGGCGAGAAUAUGUUAAAACUAUAACGAAUGGCACACAAGUGGAAAAAGCCAUGACUCAAUUAACUCAUAUUUUACCUGAUUAUAUGCUGGUAUUUGCUAUUCCUGUGCUAGCACAUGACCCCAGAUUUACUAGAUAUGAUGAAGUGCAUCAAUUGAAAACUAUUGAACGUUGUCUUUGGAAUAUUUUGGAACCUUUAGUAUCACAAAAAGAGUUUUACUCUUUUGGAUUCUACAAAAAUCUGAUUGAGAGAAUGAAAAAUCACAAAGAUGCACUUAAUAGUAAUGAUGAUUCUAUGAAUUAUAAAUUAUGGGCUAUAUGUGAUUUAGCUAUGGGCUUAAUACUAUCAAAGACUUCAAAUUAUGAUCUCAAAGAAUAUCCAUCAGAAACAAGGAUACCUUCGAUGUAUUUCCAACCACAGCCUGACAACUUUGUUAAUACAAAAAUAUACAUUCCUCCUGAAGUGCAGGUCCAAACAAUAAAGAAGGCAGUAACCUUAUCUAUAGUACCUGAAAAUAAAGGAAUAAAGAGAAAAGCGAAAAGAAUUCUAGUAGGAGUCGGUCCACAAGGAACUGAUGUAGAGCAGCUAUUUAGAGGAUGUAUAGAUGCUCAGCCUAGUGAGGCAUCAGAAACAAAAAUCCAAUUGCCAGGCUUAGAUGAUGAUAUUUCUUCAAAUGAGCCUGUUGCAAAGCGAGCGUUGAGAGCAAGCUAACAGAAAUAUUUUAAAAAUUGAUGUGAAACCAAACUUAUUUACAUUGUAUGGAUGCUUAAAAUCGAAUGAUAGAUUAUUUAAUGACAACUGAUUGUGAUUCGUAUUUUUAUGCUUUGUUAAUUUUAAUUCAGUACAAUAUAUUAAGGAAAGCCUGAAAUAUAAAACUUAAUGCGUAUAUGCAUCUAACUUAAUCAUAGAUAGUGAAAAGCAAGAAAUUUUUAUAUCUGAAAAGUUGAUUGCGAGGAUAUCAGAACUGAAUGUUGUGGGUUUUACUUUAUCAUUUUUGUUUAUUAAAUCUAGGAAAUAUAUUUGAUAAAUAAAUUUUCUGUAUCUGUUGUACAUAAUUAAUGCAAACUAUACAGUUUAUUUUGUA